AUGCCAGGUCUUUUUUCAAGAAAGAAACGCAAUGACUACCAGGGAUUUGCCAAAUACACGGAAGCCUACACUCCUCCUGCUGUCCAGCAGCCCCGUUCUCAAAGUAUGACCAACGCUUCGCUGGCUGCUUUGGCUGCUUUGGCAAUGCACAAUAACAACAACCAGGCGGCUUCUGAGCAAUCUUACAAUCCAUCGUUGCAGGCCUACCAGGCCAGUGGCCGGGCUAACUCCCUAGCCGGAAACAGAGCCAACUCCAUGCGCUCAUUCACGUACAAUCCCAAGCCAUCGUAUCAGGCCGGGCCAGCGGCCAAUAGAAGCUACUCCUUGAGAUCAAACUCGCUCAGAGGGGCGCCUCCAAUCAGAUCAAACUCUCUUUCCCAAAGACCAGCCCUGCAGCAGCAAGAACACCCCAGUCAGAGAGCAGGCUCUCUUACGGGAUCUCAACGCGGGCUCAACUCCUUGCUGGGAUUCAACGAGGAGGACGAGGAGUUCAACGAGGAUGAUGUGAUCUCCACCACAAAAACCACAAAGGUCGUGGACUCCAUGGGAAGGACAUGUUCCAUCACCACCGAGACCAUCAGAACCUUGCCCGACGGUUCUAAUGUGGUCGAGACCACCACCAAGAACCUCUCGAGACCUACUUCUAGGUCCAACUCUUUCCGCAACAAUUCCUUGACUAUAAGCCACUCUAACGCUAAUUAUAACUUGAACAAGAUUGACGAGGAUCUUCAGGACUUCGACUACAACUACUUGGAUCAGCAUCCGUCGCAGCCGCCUAGGCUCAAUUACGGUCAUGAGGAUCCAAGCAGAGAAAGCAAUAAUUCCCAGUCUCUUGGACCCGCUUUUGAUGCGUCUUCGACAUCAAAGGAGUUUGUUCAAAAUUCUGCCCCUCCUCCAACACGAGAACAGAUCGAACCUACUACCUCCCCACUGAGCUCGGCAUCUCCUCGCCUCAAGUCUAUUUUGAAACACAGCCCGAAUGUACCUCGCCCUAUCCUGCCUCCGGAUGUAUCUGCUGACCGCUUAAAGCAUAAUCUUAGCCCGAAUGAAGCGGACUUUAAGGACGCUCAUGAGCAGCUUCAUGAACCCUACAGUCAGCCUCAAAAGGCCACUGUCGCCUCCAAUGCGUCGGGUGGAAACUCGAUCAAGUUUUUAGAACAAGUUGAGGAAAUUCCUUACGAGGCAAACUCACAAAACCUUGCCGAGUUUAGCCGAGCUGAAUCACUCAAGCAAGAGAAGGAGAAGCAGGAUAGCAUUCUCAUGUAUGAGCAAGCUAUGAAGGUUGCAAUGGAGAGGGUGUAUGGUACAUCUGAACCACCAGCCCUGGCUCUUACCCCUCCACAGACCCCAAAGAAACAGUUUGAGAGUCCACAAGCUAAAGUCGAUGAUUUAGCAGAUAAGAAGGUCAAGAAGGAUCAUAAGAGAGAGAAGGAUGAAGGCGGUGUCAGCACGAACUACAUCUACGAGAACCAUCACAAGGACUUUGCAUUGCGCUCUUUUCGUGGUGAAGAAGAGCCAGGUAGCAGCUCCAGAAAAGAGCGUGCCAAGGAAGAAAAGAAACAAAAGAAAGAGGAAGAGAAAAGAAAAGCUGAUCUUCUCAAGUUGGCCGAGAAGGAAAGAAAGAAUGAUGAAAAGGAGGAGUCAAAGAGACAGAGGAAGAGCUCCAAAAACCCUCUUUCGUUCCUUGGCAUCAAGAUGAGAAGAGGAAGUCAGGGCUCAAUUACCUCUUCUUCUUUCAGUGGUAACCGUCAAGAGAAGGCACAUGAAGAGAUAAUGCAGUUCUCAUCCGAAUCUGGAAGCAAGGCCUCACCACAGCAGCCCGUCACCAAGGCGGAGGAGCAGUCAGCUUUAGUUGAGGAAACACCAAUUAAUUCCCACAGUAACUCUUAUAGCUUUCCUCAGAAGAACGAAGCUGCUAAUGUUGAUACCAAACUAGCAUCUGUUGGCAAUCCUGAUACUGCUCGAUUGCAAGAAUCCGCUUACGCUACACCUACAUCCAAGACUUCACCUUCUUUCGACAAACCGAUCGACAAGACGGUGGCCGAUACCCCAACUGAAGAGGUGUUUGCUAAACCAGAACGUCAAGACUUCAGUGUGCCUCCAAGAUCGCCUCUUCGAGACUCAAGUGCGGUGGAAAAGGAGAGACACUUGAGAUCACUCUCUGAGGGCAGCAACAUGACUGAUUUCCUAAACGAGCCGGCACAACUAGAGAAACCCGUUCCAAUUGGCGAAGUCGAUGAGGCGUUCCAUGAUUCUAGAGAUGACUUCAUUGACGUGCCUGAAGAAUAUGAUGAUGAGCCCAACAAUGCCGAUGGGGGCGCUCCGGAGACUUUGAUUGACCAAGAGCCAUAUAAAGUUAUUGACGUGCCUGCUUCUUCGCGGGAAGGAGGCGAUGUUUCCGAUGUGAAGUCCCCACCUGCUGCUAAGGCUAAUCAGACAGAGCCCGUUCCCGAAGCAGCCGAUGUUCCAGAACGUCCGCAAUCAACAGAGCAACGCGUUGGUGGUAACUUGGAUACCACUAAUAGAGCACAGCCUGAAGACGUCAAGAACCAAGCUGUUGGUGGAGAGCUCCCUACUAUUGUGGCAGGUGAAAACAACCAUCCAGUUGUGUUAGGCCAGACGGAGGAGAAGGAUCAAUCGUAUGGCUAUAGCACCCUUGAUCCGGGCUCUCCUAGCUCCAAAGGUGUACCAUCUCAAACUAGGAAUGACGUUGCUACAGUAUCUUCUAGUGAGUCGGCUGUGGCUAUCCCUGCUCCAACAAAGGAAGAUUUGAAUGAGCGUGCCGAGGUGAACCCAGAAAUUGCUCACACUAGCGCAGGAGCUCUUGAGCCAUCUGCUGCGAUUGAGACGAAGUUUCAGCCUCACCAAGCUCAGUCCAGUGUCGCUGCCGCUCCACAGACUGCUGAAACGGGGUCAACAGAAUCGUCCUAUGCCGAUCCUGAGGUUACGGAGGCAACUGUAGGAACCGUCGGAGCCGAAAAGCAUAACCCUGUUCCAGACUCUCUUGGAGUCAGACAAAACAAUGAAGGCCCCAGCCGUGAGCAGCCAUCGUAUUCGUCUGGGGAAGCUACCGAAGUGUCGGUUCCUUCGCAGCAAGAGAAGAACGCCAAGCCCAAGAAAAGGAGAGGCCACAAGUUCAAGAAGAUGAUUGACAAAUAUUUUAUCAGCUCCUACAGUCGCUGA